AGUGUAAGUGUAACUUAGUGCAAUACCGGCAAGUUUAUUUAAACAAUAAUGGAAAAAGACACGCAAAUAAGUAAACGGCUUUCGUGGUUGUUGCGCCAUGGUGCUAUAAAGGAAGGUGUGGAUAUUCAGACAGACGGUUUUGUGCGCGUUGAUUCCAUUACGGAACAUCCAAAAUUCAAACGCGAUUUUACUUUAGAAGUAUUAAAAAACAUUGUCGCAAAAGAUAAAAAGCAGCGCUACAGUUUACGCCAGAAUAACAAUGGCUUCUAUGAAAUACGUGCCAAUCAAGGUCACUCGAUUGCUGUAGUACAAGACUCUCAUUGUCUGCAACGUAUAUACAAUGCCAGCGAAGUUAAUUUGGCUGUUCAUGGCACAUAUUAUCGAAACUGGCAAAGAAUUCUAAAAGAAGGUCUACGGACUAUGAAGCGUUUACAUAUUCAUUUUUCUGUUUCCGACAAAGUAGAGCAAUCUGGUUCAAAAGAUAUUAUUCUUAGCGGGUUCCGCAGCGAUUGUGAGAUUCUCAUCUAUUUAAACGUUCAAAAAGCUAUUCAAGUGGGUGGUAUGGAAAUAUAUCGUUCGACAAAUAAUGUAAUACUAUGUUCCGGAAUCAACGGCUGCAUACCAAAGAUAUACUUCAGUAAAGUUAUAGAUCGCCAUACUGGAACACUUUUGCCAUUUUAAUUGUUAUGUUUGUUAUUUCUGAAUUGUUAAAUUCUACAUAUUUCUCAAUAAACUAAUCCAAAACUAAAA